AUGACUUCAAGUAAUAAUGACUUAGAUGAUGAUCUUAUGAUGUUUACUAUGGAUCCCUUAAAUGCCCUUGACGAAGAAGAUGAAAGUUCAACACAUCUAAAGUCUGAUUUAUCGACAAGUGAUUAUCAUUCGUUCGUAGCUGCAACUGACAUAUCUCUUAUAAAUGAAUCAUCACCAAUAGAACUAAUAAAUAAUAAUAAUGAUAAUAAUAAUAAAAAGAAAAUGUUUGAUAUAACAGAAUUACUUGGUUCAUCAUCAUUUGAUGAUAGACAAGAAAUUUGUAAUUGGUUUGAAAAACUUCAACCAAUAUCAACAAGUUCACCAAGUUUAUGUGUUGUGGAUUAUUUACGUGCACAAACUUUAAAACAUGAUCAAGAUAUUCAAUGGCAAAUUGAGCAAAAUCGUUUAAAAUAUGAUUCCAAACAACUAUCUCCAAGUGAUUAUUUAACACGUCAAUCUCUUUAUAAUCGUCCAGUAGCUUUCGAAAAAGAUUCGCGUUCAUGGGCACGUAGUCUAUUAGAUAAUUUUAAGAAAACAACAUCACCAACAUCAUUAAAUAAAUCAUCGUCAUUUAAUUGUUCUUUCAUUAAAAAAUCUCCAUCAUUCGAUCAUCAUCUACAAUAUAUUGAACAUUUAAAUGAAUGUAAUGAUUAUCCAGCAUAUUUAGAAUAUUUAAAUGAAAAUCGCUCACAAUUAUUUUAUACACUUACAGAUUCACUUGAUAUUAUUGAUGGUCUUCUUGGAACUGUUGUUUCAUCAUUUUGA